AUGUCUGGGGAGUUACCAAAGCGGCUUAUUAAGGAGGGUGAGGAGACCCAAGUGACUCAGAUCAAUAAGAACGGCACAAUGGUAUGUUAUAUGGAGAGGUUGGAGGAAUGGCUGCCAAAUGAGUUGAAAGAAGUGAAGAAAGAUCGGGUUUUUGCUCCAAUUUUUAAGUUGUACAAGAAUGAGUACCACGCAGUUACCGGCCUUCAGUGCGAUACUAGUCUAUCAUGUAAGGAGUUGGUUGACUUCGAGGAUGAUGGUGGUUUCUGGAGCACAGUGGUGAGGAGAAAAGAGGGAGUAACUAUCUUGGACCUUUGGAAGAAUCGCCACGAAGCUGUUAAGAAGUGGAGUAAUGAUGAUCGAAUAAGACUGGUGUAUCUGUGCAUCAUUGUGACUAUGGUUUGCGCGAGAGGUGAGAAGGCUAAUAUCCCCUUCAAGUAUAUCAAGUUGGUCAUGGAUCUUGAGAAUGUUCGAAAGUAUCCCUGGGGAGUUGCUUCUUUUGACCUUCUCUGCGAGUCAAUAGCUAAAACACGUGACAAACUGAAGGAGAAGACUACUAGUUACGUGUUAGAUGGCUUCUCCUAUGCCUUGCAGAUUUGGGCAAUGGAAGCGGUACCAAAGAUUGGAAAGCUCUGUGGAAAAAAAUUGAACAAGGGUUUUAUGAACAGUCCUAGAUGCGUAAACUGGAUGGGAGCUGCAAAGAUUUCAUACGGGGAUUUCAAUAGGUUGGAGAACAUCUUUACAUCCGAGGAUGACAUCUAUCCAUACAUCUCGUGGAGUGGGAAUUAUGUAGUGGUUGAGAAUGUUGCUUUUCGCAGAGCUGAUGAAGUGGAGGAUGAUAGAAUCAAGGUUCUCAUGAGGAUGAUACAUACUAAGCAUGACUUCAGUGACCACAUUUGGGAGUUCGAAGAGACACCAGAGUUUUCUUGGGGGCUUCAUGACAAACAAGGAGAGGAUGACAAACAAGGAGAGGAUGAUGAAGUAGCUGAGAAUGAUGAAGAAGCUCCCAAUAAUGAUGAAGAAGAUGGGAGUGAUGAAGACUUUCGAACUCCAUGA